GAUCCACUGAUCUAAGAAAGUAAUUUUAAAUUUCUUAGACAAAAAAAUGAAACAUGGAGUCGGCAACUAUUAGAAGUCAAUUAAUGGUACUUUUUGACAAUUUAAAAAGUAUUCAACCAAAUGAACGGGAUAAUUUAAUAACGUUUAUAAAAAAGAAUUUGUCACAAUUACAAGAAAAUAAUGAAAAAAACGAUGUAUACCAGAGUAGCAAUAUCAGCAGUAACAGCUAUCCUUGUUUUUGCAGUGAAAAUGUGGAUAAUACUACUACUGUUAUUACUACUACUGCCACUACUACUAAUGUUAGUUUAACUAGUAGCUCCUCAGCGUAUGCGAAUGUAAAAUCUUCAGAAUUAUAUGACUUAACAAAUAUCAAUGUAAACAGUCUUCAGCUAUCGUUUGAAGCAACUCCUGAAUCAGUAGCGACAUUCAUCGAUGAAGUGAAUGAUUUUUCUACACUAGCAAUACAACACAAUACUACUGGCCUAACGGGUCAUAAUUGCUCAGAGGCAAUCUGUGUGAAUGAAUGUUUAUCCAUGGCUACAAAUGCUCCAACAUUUAACUGCUCAAAUUUAAAUAGUGAAUCAAAUUUUCAUGAAACGCUUCAAGAACAAAAUCCUAUCCCAUUAGACAGUAAUGUGACCGAUAAUAAUCACACAUCGAAUUCCAUCAUAAAUUAUGAAGGAUCCAAUUAUGAAACCUACUUGAAUUGUCCAUUAUGUCGUGUUACAUUUGAAAAUUGGCCAAAUUUAGAGUGUCAUCUAUAUAAUGAUCACGUAACAAAUAAUGUAGAACCUGUAUGCUGGCGAUGUCAAGGUAUAUUUAAAAAUCAUGCUGUUCUUCUAGCACACGAAUGCUUUGAUUGGGGUCGAUUAUAUUUACCUUGUACAGUGUAUAUGAAUAAAUCACUGAAAAGUUUUCAUAAAUUUUCGAAAAUCGAUCUAGAGAAGAAACAAUUUCCCAUGGAUGGUGUAUUUUUAAGUAGACGUUGUGGAUUAUGCUAUAAAUCUAAUGUUACGUUCACAUCGUAUGAUGCAUUUGAAAAACAUAAAUCAUCUUCACAUUCAACCACAGGGAGAGAUGGCGGUUAUGGACCUCCUACUUCUUGCACAGAAACAUCAACUUAUACUCCGUCGUCAUUAUUGACAUCAACUCGUAAAAAGAAACAGUCAUUAAAGUGCAAUUCACCAUCAGAUGAACAUCCAUCAUCCGAUGUAGCUGUCCGUAGUGUAGUGCGUAAUCUAACCGAACAUUUCUAUGCACUAAAUUAUCAUCAAGAAGGACGGAAACGACGUGAACGUGAGAGAAGAGUCGUUUUCGAUAAUAAUCAUAGCUCAACAAAAUUUAUCAAAGGUAGCCUAGCUACUGAUUUGUCAACCGAAGAUAGUAUAAGCCAUACAAAAACUAUGUCAGUAAUAACAACGACAGAAGAUAAUCCCAUCACCAGUACUACUACUACUACUACCAACGCUACUGCUGUUGAUGUCAUUAUCUCUACUAUCACUAACACAAAAGAUGUGGGAGAAAAAGAGACGACACUUACCUCGUUGGAUAUCAGUAACGGUAAUAAUAAUAAUGAUAAUAAUAAUAGUGAUAGUGAACAAAAUAGAAAGUCACCAAAUAACUGUAGUCCAUCGACAUUCUUAACUAGUCUGUUGGUUGCUCAACGGGUUAAACAUAAUCUAACAUUGAAAAAUAAACGUGCUCGUCAGUUAAAAGCAGUUGCUUUUGAAUGUGAUUCUACUGAAAAACAUGUAACUGAUGAGGUUGAUGAGCAUUUAAGUACAACAACAGCGCUGUCGUGUGAUGUUCCUCCUUCUCCAUCGAUCGGUAGCCAUAUUUCCGAAGGCGAAAUUCAAUUUUUUCAUAAUAGACGAAGUUCAUGGUUACAUCGUCAUAAGAACACUAGACGUUUAAAAUUACAAUUGAAACGCAAAACGACAAUUAAUGGUCGUCAGAAAAUCAGUGUUUCGACAUCGUUUACUAAUAAUGCAAUUAAAAUUCGACGAUUUAUUUGUAAUCAUUGUUCAGCAGUUUUUCGAUUGUCAUCAAGACUGCGAGCACACUAUUUAUUUCAACACGGUCAUAUCCCAGAAUGUCUCGGAGGCUUAUCACCGAGACCAAAUGAAAUUUUGUUCAACAAGCAACGGAAUAUUAGCCGCAGUCGUAGUAGUAGCAGUAGUAAUAAUAAUGAUGACAGUAAUAGUAGAAUUAAUCAUAUAUCAGAUUGUGCAACGUCUCAAAAAUCAUCACUACAUAACAGCGAAAAUAUGAGUUCAUCUUUGAAGAUUACUAAUGCCACUACUACUACUACUACGACGACGACGCCGAUGACGGUCACUUCCACCUUUGUAUUGUCAAGUAUCCCAAAUGAGUCCAGUAGCCUUCCUCCUUCAGGAUUGAUCACAAGAUUAAGGAAACGUAAAGCUGUUAGUGACAAUAAUGAUAAUAAUAAUACAACUAUGGAUACUUCUAUUCAGUCAGCAAACCAGUUAACUCAAAAUGCAAGACGGAUUAAAAAACAGACCAGUGAUACUCUAAAUAAUAAUCAUAAUAACGAGAAUGAAGUUACAGGCUUAUUAUAUGAACAUUCACAAACUAAUGAAAUAGAUGAACAAUUAAUAUCUAAAUCAAAUUUACUUUAUAAACAACAUUAUUGUAAUGAAUGUAAUUGUACAUUUAAAAGUGCAUAUAAUUUGAAACGUCAUCAAAAAAUUGUACAUUUACAUCAAUAUCGUUAUUUUUGUGGUUAUUGUGAAUUUCGUACUGGUGAACGUUUAGCAUAUGAAGAACAUUUAGCAAGACAUUUUUGUGUGAAACAAUUUAUUUGUGAAAUAUGUGAUGCACGUUUUACAAUCAAACAUGAAUUAGAUGAUCAUAGAGCAUUUAAACAUUCGAAUGAACGAAAUUUCGCCUGUACUGAAUGUGAUCAGAGAUUCAAGACUGCGGGUACACUAUGGCGACAUAAAAAAACACAUGAGAAACGUGUUUAUCAUUUGUGUCCAAUUUGUUCAACAUCAUUUACACGUUUGUCAAAUUUAAAUCGUCAUCUCUUACGAACCCAUAAACAACAAAACCAUCACCAAUCAAUCAAUAACCACAAUGAAUUACUUAUGAUGGAUUCUAAUAAGAAAUUAUCAACAAGUCAACGUAGCAGUUCAUUGAAUAAUAAACAAAAAAGGACUAAAAGUCGUCAACUAUGUAGCAAAGUAUUAAGUAAUAUAAAUAAUCAUGAAACUAGUCAUUUGAAUCAAAAUCAUAUAUCAUCAUGUCAACAAACAGUUGAACAGGUUAUUCCUGUUAAAAUCAUUACGCCACAUUUACCUGGAUCUGACUUAUCGUCAAAUCAUCAAACUUUGAUGAACAUUAUUCCUGAUCAGGAUUCGAGGUCUUCCAAAAUAAUCAAUAUUUCUGAUAAUAUCGAUAAAAGUAUUUUAAUCAAUCCGACUAUUUCGACUUCAUCUUCUGACACGUCAUCAUCAUCAUCAUUACCAUCAACCAUACCAAAAAUAUUGCCAACACAAGAUCACGUCAUUGUGACAACAGAAUGUUCUAUUAUUCCAACUAAUGCCUCUGGAUAUCAAGCAGUUAAUCUUGACAAUAGUUCUACUGUAUUUAUGUUGAAUUUUAGUGAUUUGAAUGCAAAUAGUCAUGCGUUUUUUGAACCCACCGAUGUACUUAGUGACAGCCAUGAUAAUCUUCAACACAAAAUGAUGAUAGCAGUUCGUGAUCCUGUUUAUGAACAAACAACAGCGUUUCCAACUUCCUUAGUUGUUUCUUCUUCUCUAUCAUCGUCGUCCAAUGGGACACUAACUUCUUCAACGUUGUCAUCAUCACCGAAAGUAUCUGGAACCACAAUAACUUUACAGUCGAAUUUAUUAUUACCUAUUCAACUGACUACUAAUUCAUUUUCUGCGAUAACCACAUCAUCGCUUAGUCAUAAUAACAGUGUAAACUGUGAUGUGAUCACAAAUAACAGUGAUACUAAUUCUUGGUCUACAAUGAUAUCUCGUCAACUAGAACCUAGUCUAUGUUAUUUAAUUACAGCUACUGAAACGAUUGAAAACGGUGUUUUAUGCAGUCACGGUAAUGAUACCACAAAUACAGUUGCCAUAACUACCACUACUUCUACUACUACUACUAAUAAUAAUAAUGAUAAUAAUAAUAAUAAUAACAGUAAUCCUACUCAAAUCAGUGGUAAUCUUAGUCAUGAUCCAGAUGUCACUGACCUGAAUGUUGAUCAUAAUGAUGACGUUGUUAGUGGUAUGAAUAUUAUCGAAGAUACACCCCACUCAAUAUCGUCUGUUGAUAUUUUAGAUUCGCUUCAAACAGAUAUGGUAGAUAAUAUGAUGAAUGGGACCGUAUUGAAAAUUGGUUCUCAGUCUCCACAGUUGUCAUUGGCCAGUGGUAAUUGUAUUUUCUAUGACACACACUGUUCGUCAACUUUAACAACCACACAUUCUUCGGUUUCUGUACCAGCUUCAUCUUCAUUGUCUUCCUCGUCUUGUCCUAACUCGUCUUCAUCGUCAUUUACGCCAAUCAAUCAGUCGACAUCGAUAUGGCGUCCUGUUGACUGUGAAACAUCAAUGUUGAAUAAACAAGAAAAUCGUCCAUUUCAAGCUGGUAUCACUUCACAUAGCUCCAUAAUUAAUACAGCUAAUAAUAUUCAUAACAAUAAUCAUACUAAUAACCAUAAUGCAACAUCAGCUCCUUUCACUGGUGAUGAUGGGGAUGCCUAUCCAGUGGAAUAUUAUGACCAGCGAUAUCAUCAGAUUCAACAUGUGUUUCCACUUAUGUCCAAAACACAUGAUAGUUACAUUUACGAUGGUGGUAACCAUGGUGAUGAUGAUGAUGAUGUUGAUGACGAUGAUGGGGAAGAUGUAGAAGAAGAGGACAAUGACUAUACUGGUUUGGUAGACAAUCAUGUUUCUGCUAACAAUCUAACUAUCAGUAAUAACAACAAAUCCCAUCAAAUAACGACAGAUUUACUGGAUACUAGCGUAAUGCUCUCAUGGAAUCCAACAAAUAAUAACAAUAAUAAUCAUUCAACAGAAUUCUUAGAUUAUCCUCAUUAUUCUCCGAAAUUUCCAUCACCAGAUCCUAACAAUUUGUCUCCUUCAUCAAUUCAUCUUGAUCGACAACAACAUCAACAACCAUUUGAAUUGCUAAAUUUUCCACAAUCUCGUCAUGAUCAGAUAAUAUCAAAUCCUGUAACAAGUCUCACUGGAGUUCUCUCUCCUAGCUCUUUGUUAUCACCAUCAUCAUCUAUAUCGACGUCAACGCCAUCAUCAUCGUCUCUGUUGUAUGAAAACAACUUCAAUGAUUGUGCAAACUUCUUAGGACAGUUCUAUCAUCACAAUACAUCUAUUAGUAAUAUCAAUCUGUCAUACAAGAAUAGUUAUAAUACUUUAAGUAAUACACCAAAUGUCAUGCAUAAUAUAGAAAAUACUUGUUAUCCUUCUGUUCAGUUAAAUGAUCAUGAUGAAAUUCCAGAUGUUACAGAUCAAUGUUCUAAUUUUUCCGUUGGAUAUUUGAUUGGUCAUUCAACUAUGCCUCCAUCAUCAUCGUCAUCUAUAGGAUCAUCCUCUUCUAGAUGUUUACUGUUACAAACAGGAGAAAAAACAAAAAUUAUAUCAUCAACUUGUCAGUCUUCUACCGAUACAUCUAAUUUAAUUACCGGUAAUAUAAAUUAUUUAAAUUCUCCACAAUCAUCUUUCACAUUAUCUGAUCAUCAUAAUCUCACUCAACAACAACAUGAGCUUACAUCAAUAUCCCAGUUAAAUUUCUCAAAAGAUCCUGUUGAUUAUGAAUUUGUUAUUUAAUGAUCAUUUGAAUAAUGACUAAUUUAUCUGUAUAGAAAAAGAUGAUAAGUUCAGGUAAACGUGUAUGAAACAGAGUUUUCUUUUAAUGAACUUAUUUUAUUAUUUAAUGUACAUAAUUAUUUUCUUAUUUAUUCUUUUUUUUCUCUCGUUCAAUUAGUAACUAAUUGUUCUGUUUUGAUUUUAUUUUCACAAUUAAGUCAAUUAAAUCAAUAAGUUAAUGAUAAUGAAAAUACAAAACAGAACGUACUUUUAUCAUUGGGGGUGGGUGGGUGUUUUUUUUUCAAUGCAAUAAUAUGUUCAAUUAAAAUGUGAACAAAAUAUAGAACAUAUCAUAAUA